AUGCAAUCCGUAAUUAAUUCUACUCCAGAGGUUGUCGCUGGUGCUACAGAAGUUGCCAUAGGUUUAAGUUCAUUAGAUACUACAAAAGCUACUCUUGUUGCUGUAGGAACCGUUGGAGAAGCCAUUAAACCGAUUGAAGGUGGUAUUACUACUGGUAAUAACCAAAUUAAUACAGUUCUCCAAGAAGUCAUAUUAAUUAAGAAUCAAAUAGAUAGCAUUCAUGAAUUUAAAAAAAGUAAUCUACCGAUACCUGAGUCUAUUAAAGCAAACAAAAUAGAACCAAAUGAGCUUACUGAACCCCUUGGAGGGAAGGCAUCUGAUCGUCGUGGGAAAGAGGAACCUUAUACUUUAAGGAAAUGCUUAAAGCAGAGUAUAGACGUCGCUUGUAUUCCAACUACAUUACAAGAUGAUAAUUCCCAGAAAGCUCAAAGGGUUCAAGCUCAACUAACUAUUUUAGGAAAACUUCGAGAUUCUCCCAACAUUUUGAAAUUUUAUGGACUCUCUUAUGUCGAUAAUCGCCUGGUCAAGGUAUUUGAAUGGGCCGAACAUGGAAAUCUACGUGAAGUUUAUAAUGCAUAUGAUAUCUCUUGGACUGCAAAGGUGAAUAUUGCUCUUGAUAUUUGUCGUGGUAUCACUUUUUUACAUUCCUGUUCCAUCCUUCAUCACGAUAUCCGUUGUGCAAACAUUAUGAUGACUGCGCGUUUGGAACCUAAAAUUACAAAUUUUGAAUAUGCACGUCUUACGACCGAUAGUACCUCUAAUCUUACUAAUAUAACUGAAAUUGUGCAUUGGCUUGCUCCCGAGAAAUUGAGAAACGCUAAUAAUCAGCUAUAUAACAUGAAAUGCGAAGUUUUCAGUUUUGGCAUGCUUCUUUGGGAAUUGGCAUUUGAAAAGAUUCCCUACGAACGUUGGGACAUGGCUAAAAUAAAAGAAUAUGUUUUGUCUAACAAACGAGAAAAGAUUACAUUUGGUAAAGAAAAUCCUGAUAUUCAAAACCUCCAAAAAAGUUAUGCGAAAAUUAUCGUUUCCGCUUGGCAAGAUGAUCCACAAAUUCGAGCUUCAUUACAGCAGAUUUUCUUGGAAUUACAUGACUUGUAUACAAAAUAUUGCGUUGCGGGGUACAAUGCUUCGCCUGCUCUUAAACCCGAUAAAACCUUAGAUUUGGAUGGAACUAGAGCGAUUUCGGUUAGUGAUGUAGGAGGGUUAGAUUUGCCAGAUCUGGAUAUGGAAUUCUCUAUUGAUGCAAUACAAGAAAUCAUACCACUUGAAGAUGGUAUUGCAGCUCACAAGAGAAAAGAAACGAAUGUAGCAUGGGAAUGUUUUAAUGCACACGCAGAUUUAGGUAAUACAACAGCCAAGUAUUGGAAAGGAUAUUAUUUAUGGGAAGGUUAUGCUGGUCAAAAAGAUCGGGUUGAAGCAUCAAAAUUAUUUAAAGCAGCAGCUGAUGACGGAUUGGCAGAUGCGCAGUUACGAUAUGCAUUUAGUUUAGUUGGAAAUCCUGGAACUAAAUUUAAUAAGAACGUAUUUAUUGAAUAUCUUACGAAAGCUGCAGAUAAUAAUAAUAGUACGGCUCAAUUUAAUCUAGGCGAUUUAUAUAUUCAUGGUAAAUUGGGUGUAUCCAAAGAUGAACUAUUGGGCAAGAAAUAUUUAAAGCUAGCUGCACUAUCUAGUCAGCCUAAAGCUAUUGAAAUCUUACAAAAACUGAACAUUAAUAUUUAUAAUGAUGAUUAG